CACGUCCUUCGAUGUUGUAAAGCCUAUCUGGGCAGAUGAAGCUAGCUGCAUUAAAUUUUUGGCGUGUUUAGGUGUAAAAGUAGCGUCUUAAAAAAUAAAAUCUGGGUAUAAAAAGAUAUCACCAGUUGUUAUCCAGGCCCCGCUACGCCUCAGCCGCUCUCCGAUACUGCACAUAAAACAAAGUAGAGCAGAUCUUUCAUCAUGUGACGAUGCUUAUCUGGCCAAGAACCUAGCAAUUUCGCAUCGCCUGGAUAUUGUUGUUGCUACCCGGAAAGGAACUUCUUUACCCGCACAAAAAAGUUUCUUCGCCAGCUCGCACUAGCGGCGCAAUUUGAUUACCUCCCCAAGGACUACGUACAUCAAGACGGUACAUCUAUCUUCGGUAGUUUAUAAUACAUAAAUCAAAAUGGCUUCGUGUCUGGCCGGCAUCUGCAGCGCAGUUUGCGGAACAGAGGGAGCUUCCAAUAAAGAACAGUUCGCCGCCCUGCCCGGCCGACCCUCGGCUGCAGAAAAUGGUGGUCAAAAUGGAGUGUACACCAGCGCCGGCGACCUCGACCCGUCGAAACUGAUCGAGGAAUCCAUGCCCUCCCUCAAGAUCAACCUCUCGAACGAUCUGCUGAACCAGAUCGCGGCCAAGGAUGGCAACGGCUCCAAUACCAGCUUCCAGGCGUUGCUGGUGAAAAAGUCGCACUCCGGGAGCCUGCAGACCUAUUACGAAGAGUCGGGUGGGCGGACGGGGUCGCUGUUAGGGGAAGGCGGAUUCGGAUCAGUCAGGAAGAUGGUGCACAAAACGACCGGGAGACUUCGGGCGGUGAAGAAGGUAUUGUACCGAAUUAUUCUUGGUGAAUUUGGUGCGCAGUUUUUGCAUUGAUUCCUUUUUUUCACUUUGCAACUACAUCUUUCUUUGUUUUCAACAAGUAGAACCUCCAGCAUGUUGGGUACUCACUAGGGCUCUUACGAUGCUGUCGUAGUUCGCUGGCUUCGUUCGCCGAUGUGUCAUAUCCCCACCAGUCGUGAUGUCUCGAUCUUUGUAGUGCUCGUAACCAUAUAAAUGUUAACAUGUUCUCACUGCCAAAACGACACAAUCUCAUUCUGAUCAUCUUAGGUCGAAAUCACUGCGGGGAACCUGGCGAUGCUUUCCGCGGAGCUGUCCAUCCUGCUCCAGCUGGACCACCCUAACGUGCUGAAGGUUUUCGAAUGGUACCAGUCGGAGGACGAAUCGUGUCUGUACAUUGUCACGGAAAUUUGCGACGGGGGCGAGAUGCAGGAUCUGCUCUUAGAGGGGAAGUCCCAGACAAACGCGGAGGGCCUCCUGUAUGGCGCUCUCAACUGUUACAUUCUCAACUGUUUUACAUGAAUUCGUGAUGCAAGAGCGGCAAAAUUGAAAGGGGGAAGAUUGCGCCUUUUGCAUUACAGAUUCCGCACAGAUUUAGGCACUGUCUAGCCCUUCGCAGAUUUGUCAUGCGAAGCAGCUUGACCACCUGGCGCCUUAAGGUAACUUUGCAUGACAAAUCAUGUAACAGCUGAGAAUGUAACGUUUGAGAAUCCCAUAUCCUGCUCCAGGUUUUUUCCGCGGUGCAGUACUGCCACCAGAUGGGAGUGGUGCAUCGGGACCUGAAACUCGAAAACUGCCUUCUGAAGGACAAACUACAGCGGGCUUCCGACGGGUCUUUAUGCAUUGCAAAAGCAUCGUAAUAGUAGCAAUUGCAUUACAAAUUUGCUUAGCAUUACAAAUGAAAUUUGUCAUGCUGUUUUACCUUGAAAAGGAGAUUUGUCAUGCAUAGCAGCAAUCACUACGAGUACGAUGCUUUUGCACAGGAUAGUCUCUGAUCCAAAACGACGAUUUGUCUCACGUGCUGAUCAAGGUGAUCGAUUUUGGGCUCGCCGCGGUCCAACAGAAAUCGGUCGAGAUCAAGCAACAGGAAGACGACUACACGCGGGACCCCUCCGACCGCACGACCGCGUCCUGCUCGUUGACGGAGGUGCUCGGCACGCCGUACUACAUCGCGCCGGAAGUGUUGGACCCCUCGGUGCCCUACAACGAGAAGUGUGACGUUUGGGCGCUGGGGAUCAUGAUGUACAUGCUCUUGUCCGGCGAGCACCCCUUCGCCGUGGAGGCGGAUUUGCACCGGCGGUCCCCGUAUGAACUGCAAAAGUGUCUGGGUCUGGAAGAAUUCAAGUUUGUCAUGCUUAUCUGGCAUGACUCGAGAAUCUGUGUUGCAUAGGCACGAAAGAGCCCUCUUAACUGUCAUGCGAAAAGGCAGCUUGCCAUGCGGAAUACGUAAGACAUGGCACUAGCCACAAAAUUAGUCAUGCGUAGCUGCGUAAUAUUCCGGCGCGUCUAUCAUUCACUUGUUUUAGCAUUACAAGUUUCCAGACCCAGACAUUUUUGCAUUUGAUACCCCGAAGAAACUCUUUCACCGGAUUAAGACGAAGGAGCCGAAUAUGCAGCGCCUGAAGGACGCGAAUGUGUCACCGUCCGCCAUAGACCUGAUCACGAAAUUACUCGUAUGCAUUGCAGAUAUGUCUGGGUCUGGAAAAAUGCCAGGUUUGCCAUGCUCUGCUAGCAUGACUGUCAAGUCUGUCAUGCCAGGUACCCAAAAGCGCCACUUUUGUGUCAUGCAAAAACCUAGCUUCUCAUGCAGAAUAGGCAACACCUAGCGACUCAAAAACCUGUCAUGCUGAGCCGUCAUUUCUGGCGUUCUCUUGAUUCGCCAACCAGCAUCACAACUUUUCAGACCCAGACAUUUUUGCAUUUGAUAACUCGAGAAGGACUUUCGCACGCGGCCUUCCGCGCGCGAGGCGCUGCAGCACCCCUGGUGUCAGCGGGCGAGACAGAAUUUGAUCACUGGCGACCAGGUGGCGCUGUCCGCCCCGCUGCGCAACAUGCAGCUCUACUAUCAAAUGCAAAAAUGUCUGGGUCUGGAAGGAUGGAACCUGUGAUGCGCAUUUCGGAACACACAAGAAUCCCUCAUGCAUAGGUAGCAAGAGGUGCUCAAUUUCUCUCACCAAAAUGGGGGAUUUGUCAUGCGGGUUCGGCAUUGCGGAAGCUUCGCGAAGCCUGUGAUGCUAGCGCUUCCAUGCCAGACCUUCUGUGUCAUGCAGAAACAGCGCGACGCUUCCAGACCCAGACACUUUUACAUUUGAUAUCUACUCAAAGACGUCGAAACUAGAGCGGGUGUUGCGAACCAUAGUUGCCCGGGAGGCAAAGCAUCAGGAUCUAGAGGCCCUCAGAUACGCCUUCGCUGAGGUACUUAUGUUUAUGUCGGAACAACUACUGCGUAAAGAUCAAGAUGGAAGUGUUGUUGUAUAUGAGUUGGAAUUUAUGUCUGUGAGGUAGAGAUCGUGUUUGAGUUCGAGUAGUUGCGGUCGAACGCUCAUGGCACGUCCAUGAGAAUUUGAUGCUCGUACUACCACUAAUUAUCAUGUGAGCAUGGUAGAUGAAGAAGGAGAAGACAAUGCCGGAAAUGUGAAAAAAAAAUCAGGUUGAUGAGGACGGGUCCGGCGUGUUAUCCAAGGACGAGGUUAAGCACUUGUUUCAAUUAAAACUCGGCGCCGAUAACGUGGAUGAGAAACUGUUCGAGACUACCUGGACGGCCCUGGAUACCGACGGGAGUGGAUACGACAGUGCACAACUCCCCCUCCCCCUCAUUUGUCAUGCAAAAUACCCACUCCACCCGUUGCCUCUUGGCAUUGUUUGCAUGAUAAGUUCUGGUAGCCCAAAUAGAACUGUAAUCCAGUCGUGUAAAUUUGUCAUGCAAAGCCGGCAUUUUUGCUGAUGCUUGUAUUGCUGUUCAUCCAAUACAAAUGAUGGAAAGAUGCUGGAGUUGUGCACUGUCAUAGUGGAAACAUCGGGUACACCGAGUUUUUGUCCGCCGUCCUGGACAAGAACCUGCUGGCACAGGAGGAGACAAUAACCCGAGCGUUCGAGUAUUUUGAUUUGGACAAUUCUGGAAAAAUCGACCGCGACGAGCUUGUAUCUUUUGCAAAAGUAUCGUACUCGUACUAAUUGCAGCUACGCAUGACAAUUUUUUUUCCCAAGCUAAAUCAGCAUGACAAAUUCCAUUUGUCAUGCUGCGCCAAUUUGUAUUGCAAUUACUACUAGUACGAUGCUUUUGCAGUUCAUAGCCUGCAGUAGUGCUCGGCGACGCCGAGGUCGAGGCGGUGAUGAAGAAAUUGGAUGUCGAUGGGUCCGGACAGAUUUCGCGGGACGAGUUUGGGGAGUUCGUGCGCCAGAUAGCCGUAUCCAAUGCAAAUAUGUCUGGGUCAGGAAAGAAUGGAAUUUGUGAUGCUACCUUCGGAGUCUACAAAAAAUCUGUAUUGCGUGAAGAGCAAACGAGGUCCAGUGUUUGCUACGCGGAGGUGAGGGCAUUUCUGAUGCGGUAUGGACAUCAGGAAGCCCCUGCAGAAUCUGUGAUGCUACAACAGCAUGCAUCACGGACGUCAUGGGUCAUGCAACAUCUGCAUGACAAACUCCUGCAUUCUUCCAGAGCCAGACAUAUUUGCAUUUGAUGAGCCGCAAACGCCGGUGGGUCUUCGGCCGGAGUAAGGUCCGGGCAGGGGAGCCGCUCUGGCUCGAAGAUUGCGGCGCCCGACCGGUAUACGUACGUGUCCGAAGCAGGAGGUCGCGCAACGUCAAACGCCGGAGGGGCGGCAAAGCCCCCGCGAGUCAGUGCUGCUGUUCCGGGCAUCGUGGCUGCGGCCGGCCCGGGAGAAGACGGGAUAACAAAAUCGAAAAGCAAGUUUGGACAGCAGAAGUCUAUGGUGGUCAAGCAGGCUGCGCUAGCGUCAGUGAAAUACACAAAAAAAGACUUGGAGCAAAGUUAUGAUGGGGAAGGAUCCAGUAGCGACUAGUAGUAGGUUUUUUUUCAACAAAAAUAUGCGACUCAUAUUUGCUAAGAGGUUUAUACAUCUUAAUCUUUUCAAAAAGAACGACCCAGAAGACGGAGAUACAUUCAUACUCAUGUCUCGAAGAAGUAGAAGAUCAUUGGCCUACUUCGAGUUUCGCACGCACCUGUUGGCUCGCAGCACACUGUCUCUUAUUCAGAAUACUAGGUCAAUCUGUGCUGUGACGCGUUUUUUUUUCCUUACCUCCAGUAUAAAAUUUUCCGCACUGCUAGUAGAACUGCCUUUGAGACGGUAGAAGCAUAGCCAUGGCCGGUUUCGCAUUCGAGGCUCUGGGUGCGCGGUGCAAGUUUUCCAUUCAUGAUAGUUAGCUGUCGGGGUACUUAAGAAAAACAACUUUUGCGCAGGUGCACGUGCACAUAAAGAACAUUACUAGCCUUGAGAUGAAGAGCGCGACAGGAGGUCAACAUAUUUUCCAUAGUUGUUUAUGUUCUGACCAUAAGUAUCAUGCUCAUGAUAUAUUCCUACACGAUGUCUACUCAGUAUUUUCUGUUCGUGUUUCAGUGUCGUGAGACCACAAACAGCGCAAAACAUCACUGUGUCUGUGUCAUACGUAUUUACCACUUAUUGGAUCUUCUUACAUGCAGCUACGUCGGCG